CGUGAUUUAUCAGAAGGGGAUGGUAGCGGCAUUUUUGUGAAUCUUUGCGUACGCUUUUCAUGUGGCCGCGAUUGUCACCACUGCCCAACAACACCCGCUGUUAGGUGCUGAUCUCCCUGACUGACAACCGCCUCCUCUUUUCUUAGCGGCGUCAUCAUGAUGAGACUCAACGAACUCGAGUAUUAUCAUGUCGCCAUACUCUCUCUUAUUGGCGCCUUGUAUAUCCUCUCUAUAAGAUACUACUCUAGCGCAGCAUUUGAACACCCCGAAUAUUUGUCUAUUGGAACUCUUCUUCUGACUGCGUUAUUCUUCAAAUUACUGCCGAUAUGGUAUAAACCACGUUCCACUAGCCCAGGAACGGCUACGCAACUACCACGACGAUGGCUGCUGGUGCUUCUCUUGGCUCUUGUGGCACGCUCCCUUUUCUUUAACCAAACAAUCCACUCUUCCCAGUGCGCAUGGACUGGUUCUGAAGCCUUUCUACCCCUAUUUAUCACCUUCUGGGUAGCAUCGGAGGCCAUCGACUAUACCCCAUUGGCCCCCAAGCCUGAUGCAAGCUCGAGUAGCUCUCCUCUUAACAGACUCCCAAAGGGAUCGCUACUCUACGGCCUAGUGGCGUUUGCAUGGGCGGUAUCUUCAAUGAUUGCGCUAGGCCGUCGCUUUAAUGCAAACGGCGCCAUCUGCCCCAUCGGCGUCGGAUUACGUUUCUGGACACCGCUUGUACAACUCAUCCUGUGCUCAUUAGACGCAUUCAUCAUCUCGCAACUUGCCAAGAUCCGCCGUCGUGAUGCCGAAGCAGGAACCGAGGCGUCCAACUACAUGCCAAAGCUCUGUGCUGUUGCAGUCGGAUGCUUGUUCAUACCAACCGGGGUGACUUGGAUCGUUGAAGCUAUGCCUUUGAAAUACCUUGACUACAGAGACCUCUUCUUCGACUCGACGCUUGUUGCAGUGACUAUUGUUUCCACCUGGCUGAGUCUACUGGCACUCCCUCCCACGACCGUCGGUCUGCUAAUUGCUAGUGUCGGUCUCUUUGGGUUUGAGAUGCCGUGGCCCACGUCGAUAUGGUUCUCGACGCCGUCGUGGUUCGGCUCAACAGCUUUGACAAAUGUUCCCGUGGCUCUGCUGGCAGGCUUCCUCUACUAUCUGGUACCACCCGGCACCAACUCGCCGUGGUACAGCAACCAGACCGGCCUGCAACGGCCCAUUUUUGUCAACUAUUUACGAGUUGUUGCUGUCUGCGUAGUCUGCUGGAUACUCACGGCCACAUUCUCAUCCUCACCCUCCCUGGCCAACUCAGUGGAUAUGCUCAUUACAGAUGCCCGGUUGUCAGCCAAAGAUUGGCAAUCGCGUGCCAGUAGCAGCAAGACACUGGAACAAGCAGUCAAGCAAUACCGCCUCCGCUACAACACACAUCCACCACCCAACUUUGAUAAGUGGUACAAGUUCGCCAUGGACAAGAAAUCCCCCAUCAUUGACGACUUCAACCAAAUAUACGACGACCUGCUGCCCUUUUGGGGAGUUAAGCCAGCUGAUAUCCGAGCCCAGACGGGACAUCUUCUUAACUAUGCCGAGGUUGGCACUGGCGGUCUGCGCAUUCGCAGCCACAAGUCUGAGCGGUCACCGCACAUCCCAGACACCCACCAGUGGAUGAUAGAGACCAUGGAGAAGAUGAUCCAGCCCUUUAUUGACUGGCUUCCUGAUAUGGACAUUGCCUUUAACUUGGGAGAUGGAUGCCAAGUUUCUGUCCCUUUUGAGGCCAUGGAGGCGCUCAAGCAGGCCGGUAUGAAGACACAUGAGGAAAUGAAUGCGAAUGAUAGGAUGAGCACCGCCAUGACCAAGCACGAAUGGCCCUCGGAGUGGAUAGAACCAAUUGCCGGCGAGAGAGUUACUCCCGACUUCACAAACCGCGGCGGCUAUCCCAUUUACAACACCUUUGUGGCGCCAUCCUGCCCUCCAUCAUCCAACGCGCGCAGCUUCCGCUGGUGGGAUUUGGGUACGCUGUGUGUCCCAUGCACAAAGCCACACUCCAUCAUGACCCGCGACGGGUCUCUAGUGAAAGAUGUAAACCUUGCCAUGGACCUUUGCCACCAGCCCGACGCCGCAACGCUCAGCGGCUUCAUCAACUCGCCCGUCGUCAGCGUCAUCACACCCAAGCUGUAUCCCGUCUUUAGUCAGUCACGUACCGGUGGCUUCGCCGAUAUCCUCGUCCCCUCGCCGUGGAAUUACAACGAUACAAGCGUGUUGAAUGACGUACAGUGGGACAAGAAGGAAAACACCAUGUUUUGGCGUGGCCUUAGCUCCGACGGGUUCGCCCAGCGCGGACGAUGGGCUGGCUUCAUGCGCGCACGCUUUGUACACCAAGCAUAUGAGCAGGCUACGGCACAACUAGCCAAUAACAGCCGUGACAAGCCAGCGCUUAACAUUAAUGUGUCGUUUGUUGGAGACGCCCCCAAGUGCGUCGGUAGUCCCGGUGAUUGCGCUGACGAGCUCAGAAGCUUUGAACACUGGGCCACGCCCGCACUUGCAACAGUCAAUGGCGAAUUGCAGUACAGUAGAGAAAACCAACUCCCUGAGGAGCCUCCGUUUGACGAACACUGGCGAUUCAAGCACUUGAUGGAUCUUGACGGAGCAGCAUUUAGCCGUCAAUUCCUACCCUUUGUCGGUAGCGGCAGCUUGCCCUACCGCAGUGCUCUCUUCAAGACAUGGGUAGACGAGCGUCUGCAGGCAUGGCAUCACUAUGUACCUGUCGAUCUGCGCCUGGGCUCUGGUCUCUGGUCCGUGCUAGACUACUUCUCUGGCCGUGGCAAGUACCGCGAUGCUGGUGGCGAUGAAAAGGCGCGCGCUAUUGCAGAGAACGGACAAGCAUGGGCACGCAAGGCGUUACGACACGAAGACAUGGAAGUAUACAUGUUCCGACUACUGCUGGAAUGGGGUCGCAUAGUCGAUGAUAAUCGGGAGCAUCUUGGCUUUAAAAUCUAAUUGUGAUGCAUAUGUAUAACUCUAGUAA